GAAAACUAUGAUGAAAUUGCUUUGGUGAGGACGAUGUACGGGCACUUGACUCCGGCCGGGAAGACGGAUCGCAUGAACGGUCGUACCUGGAAGUCUAUGAUCACUUCGGGCUGGUGACGAACCGGUCGAUCUUUGGGCAUGUGAUCCACUUGUCCCAGGAGGACUGGGACUUGAUGGGUCGCAAGGGCGGCAUCGCAGCGCACUGUCCCACUUCGCCCCUCGCCGCAAGCGACUCCGGCGCGCGAGAGGCACGAGGAACCUCUUCCUGGGCAGUGGCCUCUUCAACUUCCGUGCAGCCAAUGCAUCUGGAGCUCCCUUUGCGAUUGGCAGUGAUGUGGGAGCUGGGACUUCCCUCAGUAGCUUCCGAACCAUGAAUGAAGCCUACAAGGUCUCGAUCUUGGGAUCCACGUGGCUGUCAUCGCUGCAACCUCAUGGUCAGUUCCUGUUUGACAGGGUCCAAAUGGACGCUGGACCCUUUGAUGUUCUCUGUCCUCCAGCACAUGACAAGACCGGAAGUGGAGGACACUGGCCGAUCGACGAGAAGCCGCGUGGGCCAUAUGUGGAAGGCAAGGAUAGCUCGUACUACAAGUCGCAUAAGAAUGGCUGCUGUGCCUGCGACGAAGUGGAUUAUUCCAGAGUUGGGAAAUGGACCAUGCCGGCUCCUGAAGGCGCCGUUCAACCCAACAACAUCACUCUCACACCUGCCAUGAACUAUUACAUGGCGACGCUGGGUGGUGCCCGCGCCCUCGGUCUGCAGGACAAGGUGGGUUCCUUCUUCAAGGGCAGCGAAGCUGACAUCGUGGUGAUCGAUCCUAAAGGGACGAGCUAUUUGGAUUUCAGGCUCAACCACUUGUUAUCCGCUGACAUGUGGUCGCAGUUCUGGGAGUCCGCCGGAGCCAUCAUGAUCUUGGGUAGUCCUGAUGUGGUGGAGGAGACCUACAUCAUGGGUGUACCACGCAAAAAGGCUUGGUGAAGAGAUUGGCCAGAUGAAUCGCUUUGUCUAGUGUGUUCGUGAUUUGGUGGUCAUCACCUGAUCCCUUGCAAUGUUUUGGUGACGUCUGGGAACCAGGUAGCUUCUGCAGGCCCCGGUGAAGGGGUCACUUUCAAAUCCGGACAGUCUUGUACCAUAGCUUGGCAGGGAAGCAGAGUGAACUUCAAAAGCAUGUUCUCUCUUUCUUUCCAGCCACUUUUUCAGGGCUCCUGUCGUCCCAACUCUUGAACUGGCC